AUGAAAGCGAGGGGAGUGGAGGACGCCACGGGGUCAUCGACACCAGACCCCUCUGGGACACAACUCAUCGGAUCGAACCAGAAGUGCGACUACUGCUCUUCGUACCUGAUUUCGGAGACUGACACCAAGGCUCCCUUCAAGCGUCUCGGUAUAAAGAACUCUUCGAUCCCCCGACAGAGUCCCUUCCAGCACGCAUUGAAACUCCCCCUCGAGAAGAGCGACAACACUCGCAUCAGAGAAACCAUUCCCAGAGACACCGUAGACACCGUCUCUCUCCGCAACAAAACAAUUCCAACGGGACCCAGACCGACGACGACGUCGUCGCGGCAUACUACGACGAUACCACACCAGCCACGAGGCUCCUACGUUUCUCCUGCCGUCACAAUGUGCGUCACUAACGUCUUCGUCGACCGCUACCCAGACGGCAAGGAGACUUCCUUUCGCCAAACCACCAUCUGCCAGUACGGCCGUUCCGGGCAGCCCUGCCAGAGGUUUUCCAUCUUCGAGAAUCCUGUCCGCAAGGUCCAGUUCGGAGAGCCAACUACCGAGUACAUGAUGACAGCCCGCCUCUACCAGCCCCAACACCUACACCAGCACGAGUACCAAUCGCGCACCCAAUUCCCGCAGACGCCGCCCCGCUCCUCGGGGGGCUCUCCCUACCGCCGCUCAGGCGAAUACUCGUCCGAGGAAAGUGCGCGCGUGCAGAGGAGAGACUCGUCAUCGAGGCGACGCAGUGAGCUGCCAUUGCUGCGACCGACCCGCAUCCACCGAAAGGAGAGGAUCAUCAUCGUCGACUCCCCGCCCACGCCACGCACCCCACCGCAAACCUUCCGCACCUUCACGGCGCCGUCAUCGCCCGCAUCCCCAGCAUACAUCUUCGACUCCGCUCUGCCCCGCCAACAGGAGCGCGAGCGUGGCCGUCCCGUAAUCGUCGACGAGCGUCCCCAUCUCCGACACGCCCGCGUGCCUUCCAUCGGGGCCGUGGUCGGCGAGCGUCCGGUCCUCCGCCGCGCACGCUCGUCAAUAUCCCGGAUCGGCAGGAAUGCCAAGCGGGAUUCCGGCAUCUUCCAAUGGGAAAGCCCAAGUACGUCGCACACCUCCUUCGAUUCGCGCGCACGCCGCGAAGCCGAGGAGGUCGAGCGCCUGCGCGUCGCGGAGCGGGAGCAACGCAUCGCCGCGCUCGAGGCCGAUCGCCGCCGUGAACAGCGCAUCAGAGAGCAAGACGAGGAGAUUCGACGUAGACCGGCGGUGCCGCUCCCGUCACAGCCGCAGCCGCAGCCACAGCCUCUAAAAGGCAUCUUAAAGCCGGUGGCUGUGGAUCCGAGUCUGGCCUUGAUGGGGGGCUUGCAGAUUCGAGACAGAGACAGAGACAGGGAGUGGGAUGUGGAUAGGGACAGGCUGAUUGUGGGCGCGAGCGAGAUGAGGAGGAGGGCGGAGGAGAGGGAACGGGUUGCGCGAAGUGCGGCGUUGGAGAGGGAGGAGGAGGAAGAAGAGGAUAUGAAAAGACGGCUGAGGGAGAGGCAGAUGCCGAAGAGGAGGUUCUCGGUCGGCCCGGGCAAUAGGAGGCACCGGGUGCUCUAUGACGAUGGGGUGUAUCGGUGGGAGUAA